AGUACGUUGUCGUUCUUAAAUGGUCGAAAAGGUGUAAGUUACAGCAGCUACAAAUGAACUUAUUAAACUAAAACGUUACACAUUCUUGAUGUGCAUGUUUGUUAAAAACAUCAAGGAAGAAGAGCAACACCCGAUUACCACUUGCUCAAGUUGUUUGGAUUUAGUUUGACAGGUUGUGUUAUUGAAAUAUUUAUUAAACGUUAAUAUUUUCAUUUAUUUCGACAUCGCCAUCAGCUAUGGCUAUAAAAGUUUAUGUAUCUGGUAUUUCCGGAAAUCAUGAGAUAAGAAAACAGCAACAAAGAGUUUUGUUCAUCUUAUCCUCCUUGAAAAUAGAUUUUGAAGUAAUUGAUAUUACAGAAAUUGGGAAAGAAAAUGAUCGAGAAUUCAUGAGGACUCAGUGCAAACUUCAUGACAAAUCUAAUGCCUUACCUCCUCAAAUUUUCAAUGAAGAUGUUUAUUGCGGAGAUUUCGAAGAUUUUGAAGCUGCCAAUGAAGAUGAUCGGCUUAAACAAUUCUUAAAGCUUACCAGUGAAACUCCACAAUUGGAAGAUAUCGCUAAUCAAAUGUUGAGCAAUGUUGAAACAGGAGAAAGUGAGGCUCUUAAAGUGUGAAAAAUAUAAGGAUGCUGACAGAAGCUCAUGAAUAGCUUCUAUGGAUUAUUUUAUAAAUUAGGGUAGCUGUGAGGAUUUUUAUAUUAUUAUUCUAUUUUAAGUAUUUUAAUUUGUAUAUACACAAUUACUACUAUUGGUAGAACUGCUCAUCCUUGCGAGCUUUGUCUGUAUUGUUAUUUAUGUUUUUGUUACUGUUUUGUUUGAGUAUUUCUAAAAAGUGAAUGCUUUGGAAAUAUUAUUCACAAAAUAGGCUAAACUUGCUCAUCAAUCAAAUCUGAGAGAUAUAAGUUUUAUUUUAAAAAAGUAAUAUAACAUAACAAAUAUACAUAGUAGGAUAAAUAAACAUAGUCUGAGCAGAAUUUAGGUAUGUUGCUAAAUAUUAAAAUCUUAUUAAAUAAUUACAGAUAUCUCUAUCAUAAUUUGCAACUUAACCUUUCAAAGCUCUUCUUUUAACGUUUAAAGUCUUUAAUUUGUGUGUUAAAAUCCUAUUUUAGUUGCAUCAUAAAAAUUAUUAAAUAUUUUUUUUUUCAGAUUGUUUUUUAUUGUACUUUUAUUUGUUGAGUAUAUGACCUUCAUUUACUUCAUGAAAAUUUUAAAUGAAUUAAUCUUUUAGUUAAAUAUUUUACUCUUAGAAAUGGGAGUCAUCCUUAUUUUUCCUUAACUGACAUAAAUCAUAUUAAUUUUGAUUUAAUAAGGCUUUUCUAUUGUAGAAAUUAUAAAUGACAAUAUAAUUGUAAUUAAUUAAGAGAUAGAUUAUUUAUUCUGAUGUGUGACAUUUCAUGGCACUUAGCAAAAUUUCCUGCUUAAACUUUUUUAAAUUGAUUUUUUUUGAGUUGAGGAUUAAUUAUUUAAGCAAAAGUUUUGUUAUAAAAUUUCAUCAUUACUAUUAUAAUUUAACAAUUGCUGUGCAUUUAAACAAUUUGACUUACGCAUUUAGUAAUUUUUGAUCUGAUUUUUAUUUAUGUGUAAGGGAAUCACAUGUGUUUUAAACCUAUUUUAUUACCAGUUUUAGAUUUAUAUAAGCAUAAGUAAUAAGUUUUUAUACAAUAAUUAUUAUAUGGUUAUAAUGUGUGGGAAAUUACAUUCCCUCUUUCAUUAUAUUUUAAUUUGCCUUCCUUGAAUUUCGGUGAAAUGCAUUUACUUCUUCAUAUUAGAAAUUACUAAUUUCAUAUACAUUUUUGUAUGCUAUUUAUAAGGCAUUGUAUUAAAUCAAUGUGUUUCUUAAAAUUUAAUGAUUUUGAUUUGAAAAAAUUACUUUUUUGGUAAUGUUAUAAACCCCUGUGUUAAAAUUACUUUCUUAGAGUGGAGUGAGUAGAAAGGAUGCAGAUCAGUAAUAUGUGCGUAAAACGUGUGCCACAGCACAUACUUUUAUAUUAUCAAAAUAGAUUUCUAAAGAAGUUAAAUAUUGACUUUUUAAAAAAUAAAAAUUUUUGAAUAGUAAAAAAAUAAUGAACUUAUUAAGUACAAACUAUUACUUGAACUGCCUUAAUCUUUUGAUAAAUGCCAUGUUUUAGUAAAAACAUAGUAAUGUGCUUUGUUUGGUAAUGAAUAAAAGUUAUUCAAUAAAAAAAUAUUACCCAUAUUUUAGAUUUAUCCUGUAAUGGUACAAGGUAAUCAGAAUUUUUAUCUGAUGAAUAAUGUUUUUAAUAAAUUUCGGACAUAUUUAAGCUAUGUAGAGAUUCAAUCAGAAAUUGAAAUAAUGACCAACUUUAAAAAUUCUUAUAAGAAUAAAAAUUUCAAAAUUUAUGAAUAAAAAAAUUAGAAUAUAUUUCUGCUUGCUAUAGUGCUUUUGUAAAAAAAAAAAUUAUUAUAUUUUAUAUUAUGUCGGCAUGCAUUCCAACUUUAGCAGUGUCAUUUUUUUUUACUAACUUUUUAUAUCGUUUGUAAAUAAUUUUAUAAAGCAUUUACCUUUUUAUUUUUAUAAUUUUAACUUGCCUUAAGUUGUAAUCACUUUUCUCUGUUAAUUGAUUUGCUUUUCUUUGUGAUAUAAACUGUUCCACAAUUUAAUACGAUUAACUGAUGAUUAUGUAUACUUGUUACUUUACACAUUUUAAUUAUGUUUUCUUAAUUAGAUAUAAAAAAUGUGUUGGACCAAUUUUUGAUUAUUAUUGUUUUUGAAAGAAGCAUAUAUUUCAAUCGACUUUUAUGUUUUAAUAUUAAGUGCAUAUUUAGUAAAUGCAUAAUUAGUCAUUUUGUUAUAUUUGUAUACCUUUUUUAGGUUUUAAAUAAAAGUUAUUAUGCAGUA